UUGCCCUAACUGGGAGCCGAAAUAGCAGAAUUGGGGUAUUAAAUAAAUAUACCGAUGUUUCCCUUUGAAACCCACAACCGUUUAUUCAGAAAAUUAAGAAGAUCAAACUAAUUAACAACGAAAGACGGGAAUGUCAGGCGAACCCUAAUUUCCUCGAUGUCCGAUACCGGCGUGCGUCUCUCUAGGGUUUCUGAAAACAAUCGCAUAAAUAAAAUAUGUGUACAGUGAACUUGUGUACGCGACGUUAUCAAGGUGAUCAUUUUUUAUCACGAUGACUACCAUAGAUAAGAUACUAGGUGAGAUUAUUAAUAUGGAUCCUGCCUAUUGAUAAAUUUCACUCUGGAGUAUAAAAGCGAUAACAGUUACCAAUAGCAAGAGUUAAUACUACAUAAUUUAUAUUUAAUUCUUUUAUCUUACUUACUUACUUAUCUUACUGAGGAGCCAUCGCAAUUUUUUCAUUAAUAAGACACAAAAGAAAUACAUCUAAAUACGAAAACAAGCUGGAAUUUGAUAAGGUCCAGUUUUUCGAUUUGUUUUAUCUAUCGAUUUUGCGCGUAUACUAUCUGUGCGUUUUACAGUACGCCUUCGCAGUGUCAUCGCGUUCACACGUGAACACGGGUUACGAGCCCGGUCGUUUUACGCGUCAAUUACAGACACGUUCAGUCAGUUUCUCUACAGCCUUCGUUACGGCUCGCAGCACUGACUCACCGUAGUGUACAAAAAUAGUUCGAACUUCGUAUCGCCUUCCAUCGGUUCAGUAAAAAGUACAAAUGGAAUUCAGAUAAGUACAUAACUUUUUUGAAUUAUGAUAAAAAAAUUAUCAGUGUUUUAAAAGACUAAGAACUCACGAAGGUCGGUCAAUUAUUGGGUCUAUGGUGACACUUAUGUUCGCCUGACAACUUAAAAGAAUGGAUUUGUGGUCUGUAAUUUUGGCUGGAAGCGCCAUAAUCCUACUUUAUUACUACUUGAAAAGAAAAGACAAGUUCGCGAAACAUGGGAUUCCUUGUAAUAAGACGAUUCCGUUUGUCGGAAACUUGUGGAAAGUAAUCUUCAGUCGUUGUACUGUUUUCGAGAUGGUAGACGAACUUUAUAAAGCGCACAAGGAAGCUAAAUACAUUGGCGGCUACGAGUUCCUAUCGCCGAUGAUUGCCAUCCGCGACUUGGAACUGAUCAAAACUAUCACCGUGAAGAACUUCGAUCACUUCACGGACCAUCGGGGCAUGCGGAACAACGCGAACGAUCCUCUCUUCACGCAGAAUCUUUUCUUCCUGAAAGGGGAGAGGUGGAAGGAGGUGAGGAACGUGUUAAGUCCCAUCUUCACGUCCAGCAAAUUGAAAGGAAUGUUCGUUCUGAUGAGCGAAUGCGCGAAGCGAUUCGGCGAGACUCUGGCGAGUCUGCCGACCGACCAGAGGACCGUGGAGCUCAAGGACGCGUUUACUAGAUACACUAAUGACGUGAUCGCCACGUGCGCGUUCGGAAUAGAAGUGGACUCGAUGAAGGACAGAAAGAACACGUUCUACGUCUAUGGUAGAGAGGCCACCGAUCUCAGUGGCUGGAUGAUAAUGAAGUUCCUCUUGUCGAGCUAUCUCCCACGGUUGGCCAAACUGCUCAAUAUGAAAGUCGUCCAUCCGAAGAUCGAGAACUACUUUAUAAACUUGGUGGAGAACAACAUCAAGCAAAGGGAGGAGAAGGGUAUCAAUCGGCAAGACAUGAUCCAACUAUUGAUGGAGAGCAAGGACAAAUUGGGGCCGGGGAAAGAAUUGUCUAUAAUAGAUAUAACUGCCCAGGCUUUCGUCUUCUUCUUCGCCGGUUUUGAGAGCACCGCGACUUUGAUGUGUUUCUCGGCGUACGAAAUAGGCGUGAAUCCAGAUGUUCAGAAGAAAGUACAAGAGGAGAUCGAUCAAGUGCUAAUUGCGUGCAACGGCGAGGUCACUUACGAAGCGCUGAUGGGCAUGAAAUAUCUGGACGCUGUCAUAAACGAGUCACUGAGGAUGUAUCCAGUGCAGCCCACGAUCGACAGGGUUUGCACCGAAAAGUUCGAACUGCCACCAACGCUGCCAGGCGCCAAGCCGUACAUCAUGGAGAAAGGUGACUCCCUGGUGGUGCCGGUUUAUGGGAUUCUUCACGAUGAAAAGUACUUUGAGGAUCCGGAAGAGUUCAAGCCUGAACGGUUUUUGAAUGAUGGAAAGAAGGAAGCUAAUGCUACUACCUAUUUCCCGUUCGGCUUGGGUCCCAGGAUAUGCAUAGGCAAUCGAUUCGCACUGCUCGAGACGAAAGUUCUACUAUUUCACAUUUUUGCGAAGUGCAAUUUAAUAAUCUGCCCAAAAACUACGUAUCCUAUGGUACUAAAUAAAAAGACACUCGGUAUAAUGCCAGUGAAUGGGUUCUAUUUCGAAGUUCAACCGAGAGAAAAAUAAUCUCCUCCGGUGUAAGAAUAUAUUAACUUUAUUGACAGUAGUAUUCAUUAGAAAUUUUGCUAUUUCACUUGUAACAAGGCUUUUAUUAAAGCCGUUCUUCUAUCUUUAAGGAAUAUAUGUAUAUUUAUAUUUGUAUUUGUGCACGA